GUGAGUGCAGAUCGGACUCGAUUGAACUCCGGGACCAGUCGGCUCGGACUCGAAAAGCCCCGCUUCCUCACCGGCUUUUGUGGUCAUCCAUAGCUGUAGCAGCAGUAGCGGCAACAACGGUAGUAGCAGGAAGGGAAGGCGCGUCCGAGAGUGGGGGAAAUGCCGCCCUCCCCUUCGUCGCUGCUGGUUGGCCGACGCUUCUGCUGCGCAUCGGGAUUAGGUCCGAGGGGGAAGAAGGGCUUGGAUGACAAUGUCUUCAGCAAGAAGCGACUGGUCUUCCUUGGUUCGCCUCAGGUGGUGGCUGUGAAUGUUCUUGGUAAGAUUAUGGAUGCCUCACAAGCCGCGGAUUCCAUCUUUGAGUUGGUAGCAAUUGUCACUCAACCACCUUCUGCUAGGCUUAGAGGGAGAAGGCAACUUCCAUCCCCUGUUGCAGAACAUGCUCUGGACAGUGGCUUUCCUCAUCAUCUUAUUUUUACACCUGAGAAAGCUGGGGAGGAAAAUUUUUUAGCUGAUUUAAGGGCCCUAAGACCGGAUGUUUGCAUUACAGCAGCUUAUGGAAAUAUUUUGCCUAGAAGGUUCCUUGAGAUACCACAGUGUGGCACUCUUAACAUUCAUCCCAGUUUGUUGCCGUUAUAUCGUGGAGCUGCUCCUGUUCAAAGGGCUUUACAGGAUGGUGUUAAGGAAACUGGUGUUUCACUUGCAUAUACAGUUCGAGCUUUGGAUGCUGGACCGGUUAUUGCAAAAGAGAAGUUAGAAGUUGAUGACCAUAUUAAAGCACCCGAGUUGCUUUCCAUACUGUUUGAUCGAGGAUCUAAUUUAUUAUUAGGUAAAUUGCCUUCUAUAUUGGAUGGUUCAGCAAUGGAGAAAGCUGAAAAGCAAGAUGACACACUGGCCACUCUAGCACCUAAGGUGAGGUCAGAGGAAUCAUGGAUGAACUUUGAUCAAGAAGCACUGGUCUUGCAUAACAAGGUGCGUGCAUUUGCAGGCUGGCCAGGUACCCGAGCCAAAAUUCAAGUGGUUGAUAACAAUAAAAAGAUCAACACUAUAGAGCUCAAGAUCAUUACCACAAGAGUUGGUAUUCCCCACAAUAAUGACAGUAACUGCAAGCAUGAUGAGAUGUGCAUAUUUUUUGAUGGAGAAGCCUUGGUGGUCCCAUGUGCAAAUAGUUCCUUGUUGCAGGUUUUAGAGCUACAACUUCCUGGAAAGAAGGCUGUAACCGCAAAAGCGUUUUGGAAUGGUUUACGGGGUCAGCAACUGUUGAAGUCUCGGUAGCGGAAUUGCCAUUAUCUCUCUUGUGGCCAUUCAACGCGUUUAAUUCAUUAGAAUUCUUUCUCAUGAAAGUUGGAUCCUUUUUGUUCAUGUAACAGGAAAUGAUGAUUUUAUGUACUCAUAAUCCUAUAAGUGAUAAGGUUUUUGUUGUAUUUGCAAGUUUGAUUUUUAAUGGAAUGAUCAACUGGUGCGAUA